CGCUUAUACACUACCACUUCCCCCGCGCCGCCGCCGGCGCCGAGCCCCGAGGACCACGGGCCCCGAGGACCCGGAGGCCGAGCCGCGCGCGUGGAGACGGAGUGCAGAGCGCGGGCGCCGCGGGCCGGACGCCGAGCAGGGGGCAGCUCCCGACCGCCGGGACUGAGCGCAGCGCGUGCGGCGCCGCGGCCACCCAGGUCCACAACCAGAACCACAGCCCCUUCUGAGGAGCCUGCAAAAUAAAGUGAAGAGAUGGCCACCAAAGAGAAGCUGCAGUGUCUGAAAGACUUCCACAAGGACAUCCUGAAGCCAUCGCCAGGAAAGAGCCCGGGCACACGGCCUGAAGACGAGGCUGAGGGGAAACCCCCGCAGAGGGAGAAGUGGGCCAGCAAGAUCGACUUUGUGCUGUCUGUGGCGGGUGGCUUCGUGGGCUUGGGCAACGUCUGGCGUUUCCCGUACCUCUGCUACAAAAAUGGUGGAGGUGCAUUUCUCAUACCAUAUUUUAUUUUCCUGUUUGGGAGUGGCUUGCCUGUGUUUUUCCUGGAGAUAGUCAUUGGCCAGUACACCUCUGAAGGGGGCAUCACCUGCUGGGAAAAGAUCUGCCCCUUGUUCUCUGGCAUUGGCUACGCCUCCAUCGUGAUUGUGUCCCUCCUGAAUGUAUACUACAUCGUCAUCCUGGCCUGGGCCACAUACUACCUGUUCCAGUCCUUCCAGAAGGAGCUGCCCUGGGCACACUGCAACCACAGCUGGAACACACCCCACUGCGUGGAAGACACUUUGCGCAAGAACAAGAGUCUGUGGAUCACCCUCAGCACCACCAACUUUACUUCCCCUGUCACCGAGUUCUGGGAGCACAACGUGCUGAGCUUGUCCCCUGGAAUCGACCACCCGGGCGCUCUGAAAUGGGACCUCGCUCUCUGCCUUCUUUUGGUCUGGCUGGUCUGUUUCUUCUGCAUCUGGAAGGGCGUCAGGUCAACAGGGAAGGUUGUCUACUUCACCGCGACUUUCCCGUUCGCCAUGCUCCUGGUGCUGCUGGUCCGCGGGCUGACACUGCCUGGCGCAGGCGCAGGCAUCAAGUUCUACCUGUACCCUAACAUCACCCGCCUCGAGGACCCACAGGUGUGGAUUGAUGCCGGGACCCAAAUAUUCUUCUCCUAUGCCAUCUGCCUGGGGGCCAUGACCUCGCUGGGGAGCUACAACAAGUACAAGUACAACUCGUACAGGGACUGUAUGCUGCUGGGAUGCCUGAACAGUGGUACCAGUUUUGUGUCUGGCUUCGCAAUUUUUUCCAUCCUGGGCUUCAUGGCACAAGAGCAAGGGGUGGACAUUGCUGAUGUGGCUGAGUCAGGUCCUGGCUUGGCCUUCAUUGCCUACCCGAAAGCCGUGACAAUGAUGCCGCUGCCCACGUUUUGGUCCAUUCUGUUUUUCAUUAUGAUUCUCUUGCUUGGACUGGAUAGCCAGUUUGUUGAAGUUGAAGGACAGAUCACGUCCUUGGUUGAUCUUUACCCAUCCUUCCUAAGGAAGGGUUGUCGUCGGGAAAUCUUCAUCGCCAUCGUAUGUAGCAUCAGCUACCUGCUGGGGCUGACGAUGGUGACAGAGGGUGGCAUGUAUGUGUUUCAGCUCUUUGACUACUAUGCAGCUAGCGGUGUAUGCCUUUUGUGGGUUGCAUUCUUUGAAUGUUUUGUUAUUGCCUGGAUAUAUGGCGGUGAUAGCUUUUAUGAUGGUAUCGAGGAUAUGAUCGGCUAUAGGCCCGGGCCCUGGAUGAAGUGCAGCUGGGCUGUGGUCACUCCAAUUCUCUGUGUUGGAUGUUUUAUCUUCUCUCUUGUCAAGUAUGUCCCCCUGACCUACAACAAAGUCUAUGUGUAUCCCACCUGGGCCAUCGGGCUGGGCUGGAGUCUGGCCCUGUCCUCCAUGAUCUGCAUCCCCUUGGUCAUCGUCAUCCGCCUCUGCCAGACGGAGGGACCACUCCUGGUGAGAGUCAAGUAUCUGCUCACCCCAAGGGAACCCAACCGCUGGGCGGUGGAGCGGGAGGGGGCCACACCCUACCAGUCUCGCACAGUCAUGAACGGCGCUCUCAUGAAACCCACCCACAUCGUCGUGGAGACCAUGAUGUGA